AUGCGCCGAUUGUACGAUAAAGCGGGUUUGACUCCUCUCUUGCCUGUCGCGCGCAUCAUCAUGGGACGUGACGCGGACCAGGAAGGCUGCCCUGCCCGCAUGGCCUCCCCGCACAAUACCCGCGCCGCAACCUCCGCCCGCGGCGGUGUGCUGCAGUACGCAAUAGGCUAUGAACUUAAAGGCGGCAGAGAAUGGACGCGUACGAUCUGGCUCGUGUCGCCUAACAUUCCCCGCCAGAUGUGUGUGGUGCGUGCGACUGACGGAAGCCGGAUCGAAGUGACGAAAGGCAUCACUUGUGGUCUAUCAGAAGGCCUCAUCAUGGUGAAGGAUGCCCAGGCCCUCCCGCAAGAGAUGGGUGUCAUCAGCGCCUCCAUAUAG